UCAUGAGCAUAGCCGAAUGCCUUUUAUCUGUUGGUUCACGUUGCAUUAAUACGGGAAUAUACCCCAUUACCUUCUGCGGAUUCAACAGAAGAUGCCAAGAGGACCGUGCGUGGGCGUUGGAGCAGGCCAAGUUGAACAUUGAUAAAUACUAUACCUACAUCGGUAUCACCGAGGACUAUGAGGCGUCUUUGAGAAUCUUUGAGCAUCUCUUGCCGGAUAUCUACACUGGCAUGACAGAGUUGUAUCUUUCACUCCUCAACCAAACAAAUAAUCAAAUGGCCCGCUCCAAAACGAGACACAAGGAACCUCUCACCCAAGACCAACUUGACGUAGCAACAAAAAGGUUUGCUGUCGAUUACGAGUUGUACAAUUAUAUUUAUGACAGGCAUCGAGAACUCAAAGCAAGAUAUGGAAUGAAUUAGCAGUAGCAGCAGUUGUCGUCGUCGUAGUAGUAGUAGUAAUAGCAGCAGCAGCAUCAGUAGAAGUAGUAGUAGUAAUAAUAGCAAAAGUAGUAGUAGUAGUAGUAUAGUAGGAUCAGUAGUAGUAGUAGUAGUAGUAGUAGUAGUAGUAGUGGUAGAAGUGGUAGUAGUAGUAGAAGUAGUAGUAGUAGUAGUAGUAGUUAGUAUAGUAGGUGUUGUUGUUGUUGAAUAUGAUGGCGCUCUCCGGCAAUCUUUCCAGAUCAUACGCGCCAGUCAGUUUUGUAAGUAGGACUUUGACAAGGAAAGCCCACGACGUAGCGUCGAACCAUUUGGUGACGAUAACAUGAAUAAGGUAAAUUCAUGAGAACUGACAAGUCGCCCAGCAAUCUUUAAUACAUCGUCGGCGGUCAUCCGAACCGUCUUAUCAGCAGGGCCGUAGCCAGAAGCAUUUUGUUGGGGGGGGGGGGUGUACCAGCUAAAUUUGCCAACUAAAUUUGGCGUGACAGCUCCAACGUGAGCACAGGGGGAGUAUGAUGGGGGAUGUGCCCCCCCCUACAAUAAUCACAUGCUAAAAGAUUUUGAUUUUUUUUAGAAUUGAAUUAGUGGCAUUUGGUGAAUAGUUUAAGGUAAAUUAUACAAAGAUAUACAAAAAUAUUUGCACUGCAUAAAAAUAAACAUUUGGAUCAAAAUAGAAAGGCUAGUGUGCCGUAGUUGCUAACUUGCAGUAUAAUGAUAUACCCUAUGCAUUAGAACAUGAUGAAGAUGAAACGUCACUGGCACUGGUACGGGUAGAUUUCCUUUUAACAGCUUCAAAUUGAUUUUUUGGUGCAUUUGCACUUGAUAUCCAAUGUGUUUCUUGUUUUCCACCAUUUUAGGGUGCUGUAAGCGAUUAUGUUUGUUUCUAUAGUCGUCGGAAAAUAUGGCUCCACAAAUUAACUUUACAUUGAAGUUUGAUCCGCUUCCGUUUCUGAGGUUGCUCAGGUUGAUCCAUUGUUGACAAUGUUCAAAUCUGUUUCAAUUUCCAGGAUCACAAUCAAACAAUAUUAAACAGUCAUGAAUCAGGGCAGAUAAUUAGCAGCAUGUAGGCUAGCUUAUUACUCACAUGUACUGGCAUUUGACAGAAGUCGUUUUUUUAUGUAGUACCAGACUCUUUUGAUGAUUGGAAAAACAUGUUUAAACAUGCAUGAUUUUGUUAAGUGGAUUUGACAGUUAUUGGGAUAAAAGGAUUAGACAGCUUUCAAACUGCAUGUUUGAAGCCUGGAAUUGAUUGCACCAAUGAAAUUGACUUGAUUGACUGCAACCCCAACCUGCCCCCACUCCCAUCCAUCCCCACCCCAAGCACAUUCUGACACCAUAAAUUAAAAAAACAAUCUUCGGCGACAGAAUUUAGUAAAAAAUAACUUAAAACAUUUUUGUGUUUUUUGCCAACUGCAAACUUGUAGACAAGUCUACAAGUUGUCUACAAGUUGUAGACUUGUCUUCAUGAAUUUGCCAACUGCAGAGUUACCAUUUUUUAAAGUCUUGUGUUCUGUUCUUUUCAGAUCUGAAACGGGGCACUACUUGUACAUCACUUUGCUGACUGGUAGAGCGUAUAGUGUUCUGCCACUUUAAUAGGCCCACUUUAUAAUUUGCCAUCUAUACUUUGGCUUUGAUUAUUCAACUUAAACCUUGGAAAUUCAUCCCACCCCAUAUUUCUUUACCUAGUCUUGCCUCUAAUUUUACAAAACUAAUGUGUUUGUUAAAUCGUCAAUAAUUGUGGUAUAAUUUGCAAACUCACAAGCUUGUUUAUAUUGGGGGAGGACCUGGGACUUACUUUGUGUGUUAUUAUAGCUCCAUCUGUUUUGUCCUUUGUAUUUUGCUGACUAGUAGGGCUCUAAGCCUGGCUACAUGGACUUGGAUUUGCCAACUGGUUGUCUUUACUCUAUAAGUCGUAACCUUCUUCGAAGUUAGUGCCCCUAUUUUUCUUUCCUUUUUUUUCUUUCUUUCUUUCUCUCCCCUCUCUCCUUCUUCCCUUUUUCUCUUCCUUUCUUUCCCUCUUUCUUUUUCUCCCCUAUCCUCCAUUUUGCCAACUGGUACAUGAUAUUGCCGACUGCCAUGAAUGUUGGGGGGGGGGGGGGUUUCACCCCCCCCCCCCCCUCUGGCUACGGCCCUGCUUAUCAGUCAAUUUUGGUCGAAAAUCGAUUUUGAGAUUUUUGCAGAAAAUGAAAGUACAAGUCCUCCUCUAUUCAUAACUUAAUUUCUAGGCAGCAAUUUAUUUUAUUUUCUGAGAUAUGAGAGGAUUUUUACGGCGAUGACAUACAAAUUUUUAAUAAAAUGCGCAAAUCCCACAGGAAACGUGUACUGUAACACAGCGAUACGACGUUUGACUAACCGCGAUUUCAAUGCGCGCGGUCAUCCAAACCGUCAUUUCAAUGCGCGCAGUCAUCCAAAUCGUCGUAUCGGCACUGGGCACUGCAUUGACUUUGCACGUAAAAAGCGAUACGACCUUUUGACUGAUCGCGCGCAUUGAAAUCGCGGUCAGUCAAAAUUUCGUAUUGCUUUUUCCCUAUGACCUUUUUGUACAGGGAAAAUCUAAGCCGGUCAAACGGAAAUUACAAGCAUGUAGCUCUUUUGCGAUAUUUUCUCUGAUCCUUAUUUUUUUGUGUAAAAAUUAAGAUACCAAUGUCAAGCAAUUUUAUUGGUCUUUCCAACCAUGUAUUUUUCUAGCAAUGAAUAUGUUGUAAGGCUGGGUAACUAAGUGUGAAAAUUAUAGUAAACUUUGAAGUCCAUUUUCUCUGAAAUAGGUUUGCACCGUCGUUUGUGUGAUACGACGGUACGGUUCGAAUGACCGCCGAUGAAAUUCAAGAUUACUGCAAACAAACGUAGAGGGCGCCAAUAUUUGUGUUGAUCACUGCUAUUAUAGCUCACAACCAUGUCAACGGUCGUUUCUUAUGAUCACAUGUAUAACCAAGAUGAACGUGGCAUAAUUGAAGAACGCCGUCUAGAACGAACUACAUGGCGUCGACUUUCAUACACUGUAUAGGGAGUUUUCUCUUACGGGGGUUCAAGAACAGAUUAAGUAUAUUGUCAAAUUCCCGGCAAAUGACAAAGAACACCGAGAAGUCUUUGUCGAUAAUUGGUGAAUCAAACCAGCAGUUUGUCUUUGAUUCUGGGCAAAUGACAUGGCCUCAGCGGCGUAACAGGGGUCGGUGGCCAGGGGGGGGGGGGGCAAGAGCCAAAAAUUUCCCGGUCAUAUCAUGGUAUGAACAGGCGUAAUGGUGUAAUGAGGCGACUAUUUUGAGAAGGCCAGAUGUUGCGUAUCGGGCAGAAUUCAUCUUUAAAAACAGUUGCGAGCGAAGCGAGCGAGCAAAAAUUGUUGACCUUUUUAAUACAAAAAUCCAAUUUUGUGAUAGAUUUUGACAUGAUAUCCAGAAAAUAAUAUAUUUCACUCUUCUCUCUUUAGAUUCCUUUUUGUGUUCUGUACGCCACUGUGAACAGGAUUCUUUGUGGCAGUAGCGUGAAGACUAAACAAAAGAAAAAAAAAACAGGGGAGCAGUAUAGCACAUGUGCUAAAAAGCUGCUUUAUACAAGUCCCGAGUGAGCGAAGCGAGCGAGAAAAAAAUCACCUUUUCAGAGAAUCUAACUUUGAGCUAUUUUUUGGCAUUAUAUUCAGUAAAUAAAAUCCUAUCCUACACUUUUCCUUUGCUUUUCUUUCCUCCUUUUUUUAUUCUUGUUUGUAGAACUUUUUGGGGCCAUGGCCCAACCCUUCCAUACGCAGUGCUGUGCGGUUGGGGUCCGGGCGGAGCCCCCGGAACUUCUUGAUAUCAAAGCCAUUUAAACAUCGCAGAUUGCCGCUAUUUGAAUCAAAUGCGGUCAUAUACAGAAUAUAGCUUUUACACAACACAUUUAUUCAACCCAGUUUCAUAAUGAACCAAAUAUUUUGAAGGGGCAAAAUAUAGCAAUGUGGGAAAAUUUGUAAAAAAAAAAAUCGCCAGCAUGCAAAGCGAGCUGGAAAAAAAAUGCCAAUUGAAUUAAAUUCUAAUUAAAUUUCCAUUAUAUUCAGCAACUAACG